UAAAGUUUUCAGAUGGAAUCCGAUUCUGUGUGUGUGUGUGUGUGUGUGUGUGUGUGUGUGUGUGUGUGUGUGUGUGUGUGUGUGUGUGUGUGUGUGUGUGUGUGUGAAUUAGUCAUGGUGUCAAAACUAAAAUAUAUAUAAAUGUGUGUGUGUGUAUAUAAAUAUAUUUUGCACAUAUAUCUGUGUCAGAAAAUUGUUCACAGAAAGCUAAUGUAAUUUUGUCAGAAUUUAAAAUCAUUCACAAUGGGAUCAAACAGAAAUCAUCUAAUAAUCAAGAAAAAACUUCAACCCAUCCUAUAAUCUUUAAUUCUUAAAUACAUAGUUCAUCUAAAAAUGAAUGUUCCAAACCUGUAUGACUUUCUUUCCCAUGCAGAACAAAAAAGAAGAUAUUUUUAGGAAUGUCUUAUUGUUACCAGCUUUCUUUAAAAUAUUGUUUGUGUUCCACAGAUGAAAUAAAUUCAUACAGGUUGAAGGUUAGUAAAAGAUGACGCUAGAUUUAAAUUUUGGGGUGAACUAUCCCUUGGUUCAGGAUUUAUCCCAUUAGGAUUUAUUUUAAAUUCUAAAUUAUUGGAAUUAUUUCCAAUUAUAUUAUCAUUCCUUAAGUGUUUUUUUUGUUUAUUUUUAGUUUUUUUACUAAAGUAUGUUGGUACUUAAGCUAUUUACUUGUAAAAGAUUGGAACUAGAUGCACAUAAACAGCAUAUAAUGCUACAUUAUCGAUCGCAUGUUAUUUGACUAUUAUACAUUGUGAAUCUUCCUAUAAUCUGGACUGAACUGAAAGUUCAUGCUUAUGGUCAACACCUCCAAUCUAAAUUUCACUACAUUAAAUGACUCACUGUUGUCAACACAAAUGUUUAAGGUAUUUUUAGAAGAUCAUGUAGUAUUGUAACAUUACCCAAUAGUGAAUGUUCCCUUAGGUAAGUUAUGUAUUUAGUGUUUGAGGCUCUAGUUUCACUUUGAUCUCAGUUAUAUGGAAAUGCCUGCCAUAGUCUGGAGAUAUUGGUUAGCCCUUUCAAACGUGUCUUGUCAUGCAAUGUGGAUGCAAACUAAUACAUCAUGGGUUCUGAUGUUGCAUCACUGUUCUGUUCAGCAAUAAGGGGCUUUUUGACAGGUCUCCACUGAACGUUUUGUUGAUGUAUUAAACUCAACCAGACUAUUCAGUGUCCUGUAUUGUGCUUCCCUGUUUGUUUGUGCUCUUUGUUGUUUCCAAGUAACUAUAGCCAUGUGCUGCCUAUUGGGUUACUUGACAGCAGAUUUUGUUUACAAGCUUGCUGAGAAGCGCAGCUGAGAAUGUCUUUUUCUAGCUACUGUAGGCUUAAGCAGCUAAAAUAAUUCAAAUUAUGUCUGGGACUUCUGGUAUUCCUUUAGAUCUCUGUUAGAGCGUUUAAUAUGUGCCUGAGGCAAACAUCACUUUUCAUUAGAUUAUGGCUGUUAAAUUUAAAUAUUGAACUUGGUGCAUGGCUCAUUUGUGCCAUGAGACCCCAUAUGGUGCAGUUUACUGAGGUUUCAUAAUACUUUCCUAAAUACUUAUUGAUGAUUUCUACCUGGUGGAUAAUAAUGAACAAUAAUAAGGAAGAAAUACCAUUAAAUUGGAGGAGGGUUUUGAAACCAAGUCGUAGAGACACAGUAAAUAACCACUCAGAACACCCACUUUGCUUCAGGACGUUAACAGAAGUUAACAGAACAUACUUCAUGUCAGAUUUGUACAUUUUAUGCAUUUGGUGCCUUUUAUGCCAAUUGAAGUACAUUGCAUUCAAGGUCUACAUUUUAGCAAUUCGUAUUCAUUUUUGGCUGAGAAUCACUGCCUACCACUUGGGCUUUCUUUUUUCAGAAUAUGGGAUUUUAGAUUUAAAUUAAACAUUGUGACCAAAUAUUUGGCUUUUUCACUGAUCUCUAUUAUAGAUUAGUGGGCAUUCCCUACUUUGAACCAAUGCGUGUGAGUCUGGUCACAUGUUGAAGUGACUCACUCACUACAUUCUAAUCAUUAAAAGACGUUACUUGGGAGGAGUUAUGAGUGAGUUUACUUUCUGUUUAAGAUAUUUUUAGCAGUGUGUAUGUAUAUAUCCAUGGCAAAGGGAGGUUUUUGUCUUUUUAUUAUCAUGCUGUAAGGUUUCCGACACUCGGAAUCAUGGAGGAGAGCUUCCCUUUUCAUUACUCUUUACUGGAAUUCCUGUUUACUUUGGUGGGACUGUUAUUGUUCCUGCUGGAUAUAGCGCUGGACAUUUGGACUGUUGUGUCAUUUUAUCAGGAUGGAGCCUAUGUGUAUAUGGCAGUGAUGAUCUUUCUGCUGCUGGGCUCUUCGGUGCUGUUACAGGUGUUCAGCUGGCUCUGGUACUCUGAUUCUAAGACUGAGACUAAGGUGGAGAAAUUUGCAGACCGGCAUUUAUUGAUCAAACCAUUCCACUUCCUGCAGCUCGGAGUCUACCUCAGGUAUGCUGGGGUGAUAGAGAUUUCCACAACACAUUUUCUUCAGCACACUAAUAGUUUCACAGAGGGUGUAGCUGUAUACCUGAACCAUGAUCUUCAGAUGCUUCGUCUAUUUGAGACGUUUUCUGAAAGCGCCCCACAACUCACACUCAUGAUGUCUAUAAUCCUACAGAGAGGAGAGCUGCGGCUUAUUACAGGUUUUAAAAUCCUCACAUCAGCUGCUGCAAUUGCCAGUAGCGUUGCUAUGUACCACCGCUGCAUGCGUGCCUUUCUUCCUGAAAAACGUAAGAUGAGCUGGAUCUCCACUGGCGUCUACUUCCUGUGGAACUUGUUGGCGAUUAUUCCCCGUGUAACUGCUCUGGCACUCUUCUGCAGUGUAUUUCCAUGCUACAUCAUAGCACACUUCCUGUCCCUGUGGAUGCUGCUGGUUUUAGUGGCCUGGAGCCAAAAAACAAAUUACAUGGAACAUGGUGGUUGGGAAUGGCUCUUCAGAGCUGCCAUUGGACUCAUCUGGUACUUCAGCUGGUUUAACGUAUCAACAAGAAGCAUAAAAUCAAAGUCGAUUUUCUAUUAUAGUUUCAUGUUUUUGGACACAGUGAUGCUGCUGGGCUUCUGGUGCUGGAAGGUGUUUGAGUAUGCAGGCUGCUGGAGCUCCUUAAAUCCUUAUAUGGUGAUCCCGACAGUACUAGGUUUGUACGUCAUUGGAAUACUAGUGAAAAUGAUAUACUACAGAUGGUUUCAUCCCAACUGUGAUGAAAAGAAAAUCGCUGAGCCCACUGAAGAAGGGCAGCUAAGACUAGCGGCAGCAUGUUAUGACAUGGAGACAGACUCGAAUCGAAGGGCUUCACUUCAAGCUAGAGCUGCAGCUCCUGCUCAACCUUUCACUGGAGUUCCUAAUAGACAUAGGAAAAUGGCUGCUAAUUUCUUCUCUUAGUUCUUGGUUCUACCUUUAAAAGACUCUUCCCCUAUCCCCUAAUUUCAUCAAUUUAUUAAAAUUAAUGUUUUAUUUAUAAAAAUGUAUUUAUAAUCCAUUUUUCUACACGGAAUACCUCGUUUUUUUAACAAAAAUAUUUAGAUAAAAUAGCAUUUUACAUAAUAGGCUAUAUUUGAAUAGAUUAAAUUUUUCUGAAAAAAUAAAUAAAACACUUUUGAUGGAUUGGCUCUAUCGCUCUCUCUCCUCUCCACCUGUAGCUGGUGUGUGGUGAGCGCACUGGCACCGUUGUGUUGUGGCUGCCGUCACAUCAUCCAAGUGGAUGCUGCUCACUCGUGGGGGUUGAGGAGAGAUCCCCCCGUAUGAUUGUAAAGCACUUUGGGUGUACAGCAUUUGAAAAUGUUUAAGAGAGCAAGAUGGGUAAAUAAACUGAUUCUGACUAUUAGAGAGCAAAAGGCACUGUAAAAAUAAAUAAUAAUAAUAAUAAAAUAAUACACUGUAAAAAGUGAUGUUGACUUAACUUAAAAAAAAUUUAGGAAACCCGUUGCCUUAAUUUUUAAGUUAAUGAUAAUUAAAAAAAUAAGUUAAUUGAAUUGUCAAGUUCACUUAACUUUUUUUUUUUAAUUAUGAUGUACUUAAUCAUUUUAAGGCAACAGGUUUCCUCAGUUUUUUUAAGUUAAGUCAACUUAUCACUUUUUACAGUGUAAGAGAAAGAACAACAGAGGCUAAAUGAAGCUAUAAGGAGCUGUCUUUAAUUACUCGGGAAAGACCAGGGUUCUCCAACCCUGCUCCUGGAGAGCUACCUUCCUGAUUCAACACACCUGUCUGUAAUUAAGUUGCCCUGAACACCUUGAUUAGCUGGUUCAGAUGUGUUUGAUUGGGGUUGAAGCUGAACUCUCCUGUAUGGUAGCUCUCCAUGAGCAGGGUUGGAGACCCCUGUUAAAAACAUUUGUUGAUACAGCAACAGUUGAUAUUAGUGUCGUUUCAUUCGGUAUGUCACUCCGAAUCUAAUGAGAUUAAUCUUAUGAUUUUUGGUCAAACUGUUUGAAGUUAUAAACCAAAAAAAUUUAAAUUUUGACCAGUAGGUGGUGCUGUGCCAAAACUACUCAUGUACCCUCAGAUCAUGCUUGUUAUAACACGUACAAACUUUGGUCAGAAUCCACUAAAGCGGUGCGAAGAUACAGUAUAGUGUCAAUGUCCAUUUUUGCAUGAAUUUCGUCAAAUUCGUUAACACGCUUCACGAGAACACAGUUUGGUCUAUCAGAAAUGACCCUUAGAAAUGUACAUGUUGGUUGGCAUUUGACUCAGCAUGAGCCAAGGAAUCAGAGGAAAAAUUAUUUUGCUUCUUGAACUUACAGUUCAAAAGUUAUAAGCAGAAAUAUGAGGCCAAAUUUGGCCUAUUGGUGGUGUUUGAGAUAGAGACUCCUAAUUUGCUAUGAUUAAUAUUGAGACUGUCCUCUAUCUGGGUGCCAAAUUUCAUAACUUUCCCGCAAGCGGUUCUAUGGGAUGCCAUAGACUUUCAGAGCGGAAGAAAAACGGAUACAAUAGGUGCCUUUGCCCCUAAUAACAAUAAUGCUCUGAUUUUGUCACACUAACGGAUAUUUAAGACAUUGUGACAGAAAUACUGAUUAGAAGGAUAGUUCACUCAAAAAUGAAAAUUCUGUCAUUAUUUACUCACCCAAAAGUCAUUUUGAAGAAUAUUGGUGACCAAACAGUUUCAGUUCCCAUUACUGGAAGUCAGAAUAUUGUGCUAAAGGAAGAAAUUCACUUAAAUGGACAUAUGUCUCAUAUAUAUUAAUAUCUCUGUGUGUUCAAGUGUAUCAUGUCAAAUAAUCAUGUUAAAAGACAUUCUGUUUUUUAGGUAGUAGUUCAGCACUUUGUGUGUGUGGAUUUGGAUUUGGAUGUACUUGAUGCUGUAUGUUCACAGUUUUGUAAUGUGUUUUGAAUUUAAUGUAAAUCCUUGUUGAAAAAAAAGAGAAAGAAAUAAAAUGUCUAAUGGA